UUGGAGGAAGGAUGGAAGGGGACUUCACUGGGAAAGAUGUUUACGGGAAGCAUUUUGCUCCAAAAGAUUAUUUAAAAAUGUACUAUUCCUUCAGCAAGGAAGACGGCUCUCAAGAAGAUGCUCUCCUAAUUUUUUAUGUGCAAAAAUUCCACAAAACUUUCACCGUGGAUGGCAUUAAAGGAGACACACUGAUUGAUAUUGGAAGCGGACCCACUAUCCACCAAUAUCUCUCUUCCUGCGGGUCCUUCAGAGAGAUCAUUGCCACAGAUUACACUGACCAGAACAGGGAGGAGAUUAAGAGGUGGUUGAAGAAGGACCCAGAGGCUUUUGAUUGGAGCCAGGCUCUGAAAUACGUGUGUGAGCUGGAGGGAGACAGGGAGAAAUGGGUAGAAAAGGGAGAGAAGGUACGAAGCACCGUCCGGCGAGUGCUGAAAUGUGACGUGACCCAAGUCAACCCUUUGGCUCCGCUGGUGGUGGCCCAAGCUAGCUGUGUGACUUCCGCAUUUUGCCUGGACUGUGCCUGCAAAGACGUGACUGCCUACCGUGCCGCCUUGAAGAACGUUGGCUCCCUUGUAAAGCCCGGGGGGCACCUUGUGCUCCUGGUAGCUCUCGAAGGAAGCUUCUACAUGGUUGGCCAGCACCCAUUUUUCUGCCUUUACCUUGAGAAGGAAACUGUAGACAGUGCAGUGACAGAGGCAGGCUUUGAUAUCUUAUGGUCUGAAGAGGCCAAAAAUAGCUAUUCAUCAAUACAUUGUGAUUGUAAGACUGUCUAUUUCCUGGUUGCCCAGAAACGUACCAAGGUGUAGGUGCUUGUGGGAAAUGACAGGAGGCCAAAGGAAUGUAUUAAUCAAUGUCCAGACGUAGCCACACAUGCAGGUCAGUGUGAGUGAGGGCAGCUAUAUAGAUAUAGAUAUAGGUAUAGAUAUAGGUAUAGAUAUAGAUAUAGAUAUAGAUAUAGAUAUAGGUAUAGGUAUAGGUAUAGGUAUAGGUAUAGGUAUAGAUAUAGAUAUAGAUAUAGAUAUAGAUAUAGAUAUAGAUCUACACAGAGAGAGAGAGAGACAGACAUACACACCCCAACAUUUUUCCAGUGGAAAUAAGGAUGUUCUAAGGAAAAGUGGUGCAGUGGUACCUCGGUUUUUGAACAUCUUGGAAGCCAAACGUUUCGGUUUUUGAACGCUGAAAACCCGGAUAUAAAUGCUUCCAUUUUUGAAUGUGCCUCAGAAGUCAAACGGCUUCUGCUGCGGGUUUUUUCAAUUUUCUCCCCUGAAUUUGCAGACCUCCCUUUGCACCUUUGUUUUCGAAUGUUUCAGAAGUCUAAUGGUCUUCCGGAAUGGAUUGUGUUCAAAAACCAAGAUACUGCUGUACUUUCCAGUAUCAAAUCAGAAACUAGGGCGGCUUCUGUAAAUCCAGGACUGUCCCUGGAAAAUAGGCAUACGGAGUCUCUCUCUCUCUCUCACACACACACACACACAAACAAAUAACCUUGGGAAUUCCGCUACCUGAUCACCACAUAGGCCUACCUCUCAUGACACAGUCAUCCAAACUACAGCUUAAGAACUUAAGAAGUGCCCUGCAGGAUCAGGCCAAUGGCCCAUCUAGUCCAGCAUCCAGUUCUCACUGUGGCCCCCCUGAUCCCUGGGGGAAACCCUCAAGCAGCAGCUGAGUAUCCUACGCUGGUUGGGAGUGGAUCUGCUUCAUUAUGUUCACAGCUUUGCAAAUUCUAAUGUGAAAUUCUUGGCAGUAGGCAUAAGUUUGAUAUCCUGCAGCAAUAUGCAUAAUAAUGAGCUACUGCAGUACUUGCAGAAUUACUAUCUGGAAUAUUUAUUAUUAUUAUUA